GGCGGCGGCUGGAGGUGACUCCGGUUCGGAGCCCGCCGAGAGUCCGUGUCGGGACUUGGCGGCGCCCGCCGCGCGCGGCGAGGUGCGGGAGCGGGGAGGCGGCCGCGGCGCGGCUCGGGGUCUGGGCGCGCGUGUCGCGCUCGGUGCGUUGCUGCGAGCGGCGCCGGGCUGCGGUCUGCGGUCGAUCGCGGGGCAGCAGCACCGAGAGGAGGAUGAGAAAUCCGAGGAGGGGCCGGGCCGGUGCCGCGCCGGAGGCCGGGAUGUCACCGGCGGAGAUGUAGACGCGGCGGGCGCCGGAGGGGCUCUGCGCCGGACUCCCCUGACUUGUUCCCCGCUCCCGCUGCCGGCGUCGCCUCGGUUCCUGCUCGUGACCGCUGCGGGAGAAGGACUCCGGAGGCUGGCGCGUACGCCGCGCCCGUCGCCCCCUCGAUUUGUUGUGCUUUUUUUUAAAUUUAAUUUAAUUUUCUGCGUGCGAGGGGGGAGCCUGGCGAUAGCCCGCGCUCCGUGCGCAGCGCUGGAAGCUGCGGGAAGAUGUUGACCUAACGCGGAGGAUCCUGCCGGCCGGCCGCGGCGCCAGGAGCCGCCGUCCGCCUCGUCCCAGCCGGCCGCCCCCCGCCCGCGCUGCGCGGCCUGACGCGGCGGAGCCCCCUCCGCGGCCGCGGCGGAGCGCAGAGCCCGCACGGAGGUAUGAAGAUGAAUAAUGCAGACCACUGGUUUCGAUGAUGCUGGGCUUUUAUAACUGGAUUCAUUAAGGAAUACAAAGAAAACUCUUACAAGGAUCAAUAAUGGUGUCUUCUGGUUGCAGAAUGCAAAGUUUUUGGUUUCUGCUCACUAUCGGCUUCCUGCAGUGUACAGAAGGUUUCAGCCGAGCAGCGCUACCGUUUGGGUUGGUGAGGAGGGAGCUGUCCUGCGAAGGCUACUCCAUUGACCUGCGGUGUCCGGGAAGUGAUGUUAUUAUGAUAGAAAGUGCUAACUAUGGACGGACAGACGACAAGAUUUGUGAUGCUGACCCUUUCCAGAUGGAGAACACAGAAUGCUUCCUUCCAGAUGCCUACAAAAUUAUGACGCAAAGGUGCAACAACCGAACACAAUGCAUAGUAGUUACUGGGUCAGAUGUGUUUCCUGAUCCUUGUCCUGGGACAUACAAAUAUCUAGAAGUUCAGUAUGAAUGUGUUCCUUACAUUUUUGUUUGCCCGGGGACGUUGAAAGCAAUUGUGGACUCACCGUAUUUAUAUGAAGCUGAACAAAAAGCAGGUGCUUGGUGCAAAGAUCCUCUCCAGGCUGCAGAUAAAAUAUACUUCAUGCCAUGGACUCCGUACCGCACCGAUACUUUGAUAGAGUAUGCUUCUUUAGAGGACUUCCAAAAUGGACGCCAGCAGACAACAUACAAACUUCCAAAUCGAGUGGAUGGUACUGGAUUUGUAGUGUAUGACGGUGCUGUCUUUUUUAACAAAGAAAGAACUAGGAACAUAGUAAAGUUUGACUUGAGGACUAGAAUUAAGAGCGGAGAGGCCAUUAUCAAUUACGCUAAUUACCAUGACACGUCUCCAUACCGAUGGGGAGGAAAGACUGACAUUGACUUGGCCGUUGAUGAAAAUGGCUUAUGGGUGAUUUAUGCCACGGAGCAAAACAACGGAAUGAUCGUCAUUAGCCAGCUGAAUCCCUACACCCUGCGCUUUGAAGCCACGUGGGAAACCACGUACGACAAACGGGCAGCAUCGAAUGCUUUCAUGAUAUGCGGAGUCCUCUACGUCGUCCGGUCAGUGUACCAAGACAACGAGAGCGAAACGGGCAGGAACGCCAUCGAUUACAUCUACAACACCAGGCUGAGCAGGGGCGAGCACGUCGACGUUCCCUUCCCCAACCAGUACCAGUACAUUGCCGCAGUGGAUUACAACCCCCGAGAUAACCAGCUGUAUGUGUGGAAUAACAACUUCAUUCUACGGUAUUCUUUGGAGUUUGGCCCACCUGAUCCUGCCCAAGUGCCUACCACAGCAGUGACAAUAACUUCUUCAGCAGAGCUGUACAAAACCACAGUGUCCACCACUAGCACUGCGUCACAGAAAGGUCCCAUAAGCACAACAUUAGCUGGAGGAACAAAGGAAGGAAGCAGAGGACCCAAGCCACCACCAUCAGUUUCCACAACCAAAAUUCCUCCUGUGACAAGUUUUUUCCCUUUGCCAGAGAGAUUCUGUGAACCCACUGAGGCUAGGGGGAUUAGCUGGCCUCAGACACAAAGAGGAAUGAUGGUUGAACGCCCUUGCCCCAAAGGAACACGAGGAACCGCCUCGUAUCUGUGCGUGGUUUUAACUGGAAUGUGGAACCCCAAAGGCCCCGAUCUCAGCAACUGCACCUCGCACUGGGUGAACCAGCUGGCGCAGAAGAUCAGAAGUGGAGAAAAUGCUGCUAGUCUGGCCAAUGAACUGGCUAAACACACCAAAGGACCAGUGUUUGCCGGGGACGUCAGCUCAUCGGUGAGGCUGAUGGAGCAGCUCGUGGACAUUCUCGAUGCUCAGCUGCAGGAACUGAGGCCCAGUGAGAAAGACUCUGCGGGAAGGAGUUAUAACAAGCUCCAAAAACGAGAGAAGACAUGCAGGGCUUACCUUAAGGCAAUUGUUGAUACAGUGGACAACCUGCUCAGGCCUGAAGCUCUAGAGUCCUGGAAAGAUAUGAAUUCUUCCGAACAAGCCCAUGCAGCAACCAUGUUACUUGAUACUUUAGAAGAAGGGGCUUUUGUCUUGGCUGAUAAUCUCCUAGAACCAACUAGAGUCUCAAUGCCCACAGAAAAUAUUGUUUUGGAUGUUGCAGUGCUCAUUACUGAGGGCCAGGUGCAGGACUUGAAGUUUCCUCAGGGCAGCAAAGGCGGCAAUUCGAUUCAGCUCUCUGCAAGCACCGUGAAACAGAACAGCAGGAACGGAUUAGCGAAACUGGUUUUCAUCAUUUACAAAAGUUUGGGACGUUUUCUCAGUACGGAAAAUGCAACCAUAAAACUGGGCAGCGACUUUGCUGGUCGGAAUAGUACCAUCGCGGUGAACUCCCACGUCAUUGCAGCCUCCAUCAACAAGGAGUCAAGCCGGGUGUACCUGACCGAUCCUGUGCAUUUCACUCUGGAACACAUCGAUCCUGACAAUUACUUCAAUGCAAAUUGUUCCUUCUGGAACUACUCAGAGAGGACUAUGAUGGGAUAUUGGUCAACUCAAGGCUGCAAACUGGUUGACACAAAUAGAACUCAUACAACCUGUGCUUGCAGUCACCUAACCAACUUUGCAAUUCUUAUGGCUCAUCGGGAAAUUGUGUACAAAGAUGGAGUGCACGAGUUGCUCCUCACUGUCAUCACCUGGGUGGGAAUUGUCAUCUCUCUUGUUUGCCUGGCCAUCUGCAUCUUCACAUUCUGUUUUUUCCGUGGCCUACAAAGUGAUCGUAAUACUAUUCACAAGAACCUUUGUAUCAACCUAUUCAUUGCUGAGUUCAUUUUCCUAAUAGGCAUCGAUAAGACAGAGUACAAGAUUGCAUGUCCGAUAUUUGCAGGCCUCUUACACUUUUUCUUCCUGGCAGCCUUUGCCUGGAUGUGUCUAGAAGGAGUGCAGCUUUAUCUUAUGUUAGUAGAAGUAUUUGAAAGUGAAUAUUCUAGGAAGAAAUACUAUUAUGUUGCUGGCUACCUCUUCCCUGCUACAGUAGUUGGUGUCUCAGCAGCUAUUGACUAUAAGAGCUAUGGAACAGAGAAAGCUUGCUGGCUGCAUGUAGACAACUAUUUUAUCUGGAGUUUCAUUGGGCCUGUUACCUUUAUUAUUCUGCUGAAUCUUAUCUUCUUGGUGAUCACAUUGUGCAAAAUGGUGAAGCACUCAAACACUUUGAAACCAGACUCUAGCAGGUUGGAAAACAUUAAAUCCUGGGUCCUGGGUGCAUUUGCUCUCCUGUGUCUUCUUGGCCUAACAUGGUCAUUUGGCCUGCUGUUUAUCAAUGAGGGGACUGUUGUGAUGACAUAUCUCUUCACAGUAUUUAAUGCUUUCCAAGGAAUGUUUAUUUUCAUCUUUCAUUGUGCCCUACAAAAGAAAGUGCGUAAGGAAUAUGGCAAAUGCUUCCGACAUUCCUACUGCUGUGGUGGGCUACCAACGGAGAGUCCCCACAGUUCAGUGAAGGCAUCAACAACAAGAACUAGUGCUCGCUAUUCCUCUGGCACUCAGAGUCGUAUAAGGAGGAUGUGGAAUGACACUGUGAGAAAACAAUCUGAAUCUUCUUUUAUCUCAGGUGACAUCAACAGCACUUCAACACUUAAUCAAGGAAUGACUGGCAAUUACCUACUAACAAACCCUCUUCUUCGACCACAUGGCACUAACAACCCCUAUAACACAUUGCUCGCUGAAACAGUUGUAUGUAAUGCCCCUUCAGCUCCUGUGUUUAACUCACCAGGACAUUCACUGAACAAUGCCAGGGAUACAAGUGCCAUGGAUACUCUACCGCUAAAUGGUAAUUUCAACAACAGCUACUCAUUGCGCAAUGGAGACUAUAACGACAGUGUGCAAGUUGUAGACUGUGGACUAAGCCUGAAUGAUACUGCUUUUGAGAAAAUGAUCAUUUCAGAAUUAGUGCACAACAACCUGCGGGGCAGCAGCAAGAACCACAACCUGGAGCGCACGCUGCCAGCCAAAGCUGUGAUCGGCGGGAGCAGUAGCGAAGAUGAUGCCAUCGUGGCAGAUGCGUCGUCUUUGAUGCACAGUGACACCCCCGGACUGGAGCUCCACCACAAGGAGCUGGAGGCCCCCCUUAUUCCACAGCGGACUCACUCCCUUCUGUACCAGCCCCAGAAGAAAGUGAAGACUGAAGGAACCGACAGCUACGUCUCCCAGCUGACGGCUGAGGCUGACGACCACCUCCAGUCCCCCAACAGAGACUCUCUUUACACGAGCAUGCCCAACCUCAGAGACUCUCCUUUCCCAGAGAGCAGCCCUGAUGUUGAAGAAGAUCUCUCUCCCUCCAGGAGGAGCGAAAAUGAGGACAUUUACUACAAGAGCAUGCCAAAUCUCGGAGCUGGCCAUCAGCUUCAGAUGUACUAUCAAAUCAGCAGGGGUAAUAGCGACGGCUAUAUAAUUCCCAUUAACAAGGAAGGAUGUAUUCCAGAAGGGGAUGUUAGAGAAGGACAAAUGCAACUAGUGACAAGCCUUUAAUAGUGUAGCAAAGAAAUAUUAAAGGCCACGUACAAGUAUUAAAAAGACUUAAUUGGCCCCAUGCAGGCUCCCUCAUAUCUGCUUGAAGAGACAAUUCUGUUGACCUUGUGGUUCUCCAGUGUAACAGGGAUGACUGGACCUUGCAGUUCUGUGAAUUUUUAUAAAACAAAAACUUUGUAUAUACACAGAGUAUACUAAAAUGAAUUAUUUGUUACAAAGAAAAGAAAUACCAACAAGGUAUUUUAAGAUAUCUUCUGCUGCUGAAUUUAACAAAAUUGUGAAAAAAAAAAGAAAAAUAAACAUGUUCCAGCCAUUUUACUGCAGCAGUUUGUGAACUAAAUUUGUAAAUAUGGCUGCACCAUUUUUUUUUCUAGGCCUACAUUGUAUUAUAUACAAGGCGUAGGCUCUAAAAUCCUGUGGGACAAAUUUACUGUACCUUACUAUUCCUGACAAGACUUGCAAAAGCAGGAGAGAGAUUCUGCAUCAGUUUGCAGUUCACUGCAAAUCUUUUCCAUUAAGGCAAAGAUUGAAUACAUGUCUAACCACUAGCAAUCAAGCCACAGGCCUUAUUUCAUAUAUUUCCUCAACUGUACAAUGAACCGUUCUCAUGAAAAAAUGGCUAAAGAAAUUAUAUUUUGUUCUAUUGCUAGGGUAAAAUAAAUACAUUUGUGUCCAACUGAAAUAUAAUUGUCAUGAAAAAUAAUUUUAAAGAGUUUGAAGAAAAUAUUGUGAAAAGCUCUUGGUUGCACAUAUGUUAUAAGCUGUUUUUCUUACACUCUGUUCAUAGUACGGUAGUAUGUUUAAAAUGCAAGUUCUACCCGUUUUCACUUAUUUUUCACUGUAAACAGUGUUCUGCUUUGACAAGUUUGUUUUUAUUCUUACGUUUUGAAUUUUUAUUGCCAAAAAAAAUAAUUUGGGGAGAAAUUCGUUUUAGACGCCAAUUAUGCCAAGCCUUGCACAAAUCUGGUAUAGCUAACAAAGAUUGUAACUCAAUUCCCUGUUCAUUCUUUAAUCAGGGUUGGGUGGUAAGGGGUAAAGGGGACACUGGACACUUCUCACAAGCUUUCUCGUGAAUAAAAGGUGCCUGUCCUUUAAAAAAAAAUAAAUAAAACAUAACUAUUACUCUUCCAUAUUCCUUCUGCCUAUAUUUAGUAAUUAAUUUAUUUUAUGAUAAAAAUCUAAUGAAAUGUAAAUUGUUUAAACAAAAUUCUGCUUUUUUCAUCCCUUUGUGUAAACCUGUUAAUAAUGAGCCCAUCACUAAUAUCCAGUGUAAAGUUUAACACCUGUUUGACAGUAAAUAAAUGUGAAUUUUUUUCCAAA